AUGUGUUCAAUCCGAGUUUGGAGAGUUCGGUUACCAAAGGCAGCCACAUGGUUCCGAUUCUGAACAAGAUUGGGACGCAGUGCGCUUGUGUUGGUAACCACGAUCUCGACUUUGGCGUCCUGCAAUUCCAACACCUAACCUCCAAAUGCGCCUUCCCCUGGCUUCUCGCCAACGUCCUCGACCCCGCGCUGGGCGAAAACGUGCCCAUCGGCAACGCCGGCCGCACACACAUGAUCACGACCUCCAACGGCCUGAAAAUCGGCCUGCUAGGCUUGGGAGAGCGCGAAUGGCUAGAAACCAUCAACGCCUUGCCUCCAAACCUCAUCUACCGCUCCGCGACCGAAGUAGCAAAAGAGCUGGUCCCACAACUACGAGCGCAAGGAGCGGAUCUCAUUGUCGCGCUGACGCACAUGCGCGAACCGAACGAUCACAAGCUGGCGAGGCAGAUGGAAGGGGAGAUUGAUAUCAUUUUGGGCGGACACGAUCACUUUUAUGCGCACAGCCUGAUCAACGGGACGCAUGUGCUAAGGUCAGGGUCGGAUUUCAAGAAUCUUUCGUACUUGGAGGUUCGCCGACCUGCUUCACCACCGCAACCAGGGCAGCCGAAGUGGGAUGUGGAUAUUUGGAGGAGGGACAUUUACAGCAGCAUCCCCCGCGAUCCGGCGACGGAUCAGUUGGUGCAUAAACUUACUUCGAAGCUGAAGAAAUCGCUCGAGAAACCGAUCGGCUUCAGCGCUGCCCCCCUCGACGCGCGGUUCACGACGGUACGCCUUCGCGAAAGCAACAUUGGAAACUUCGUCUGCGACAUCAUGCGCCUGCACUACCACGCCGACAUCGCCAUCAUGGCCGCCGGCACGAUACGUGGCGAUCAGAUCUACCCACCCGGUCCGAUCCGCGUCAAGGACGUCACCGACUGCUUUCCCUUUGAGGACCCGGUAGUAGUCAUCAAAGUAAAAGGACAAGCAGUCUGGGAAGCGCUCGAAAACGGCGUCUCGCUCUACCCUGCUCUCGAAGGCCGGUUUCCCCAGGUAUCCAACAUCAAAUUCAUUUUCAACCCUUCCCUCCCAUCAGGGCAGCGAGUCACAAACGUGGAAGUCGGCGGCGAACCAAUCGACCUGGAAAAGACCUACACAAUGUCAACAAGAGGUUACAUGGCCCGCGGCAAAGACGGGUACACCUCCCUCCUCGUCAAGUCCGAAGGCGGCGAAUGCGAGGAGGUCGUGUCCGAAGAGAACGGCAUUCUCAUCUCCAUGAUGUUGCGGCAGUACUUCAUGGCGCUCAAAGCCCUGGAUAAAUGGGCAUUCUGGGGCGCUGAAGAAGAUCGACACUGGGGCACUGUCGUGAAGGGAGUCGAUGAGGGAAGGGAACCCCCCUCUUCUAAAUCCCUUACAUCAACCCUGGAACCCAAAACGGGAGAUGGGUGCGACAAAGAAACUUGCGUCAUUGACGCCGAAGCGAAGAAGGAUGAACAAGAAGAACCAACGCCGGCUGGCCAAGACGGCGCCGGCUCCUCCAAGCCCCUUUCGAAUUGGACAUUCUGGACCCCCGCUAAGUUACGCGAGCGGAGAGCGACGGUGAAACCACUGAAGGAGUCGCAGACGGCUGUAGGGGAUACCAGCGCUUCUGGCUCUAGUGAUAGCGAGAGCGGAAGCAGUCGGCCCAGUUCGAGGGUUAGGGGCAAAGCGGAAGAUGUCAGGCAGAUUGAUCGCGAACUGAGGAUCAUGAGGCGGGUGGCGAGGAAGUGGUGUCGGUUGGCGGGGGUGCAGAGUAAGGCGUGUGAUUGUUUGGAUGAGGGAGAGUUUGAUGUGCCGUGGACGAAGGCGGUGGCGCCGAGGGUGGAGGGGAGAAUUGUUGAGGUUGGGGCUUGAUUUUUUGGGUUCUUUGGAUGUGGUGUUGAGAAAGAAUGGGGGGGGGGGGGAGGCGAGAA